AUGGCGCAACAGAAUGAGGCGACGAGAGGCCAGGUGAUUGGGACAGUGUCCUUUUACCUGGUGGCGGCGCUAGCAAUGGUCAUGGCCAACAAAUGGGUGCUAAACACGACAACCGUCCCGCUAUUCUUCCUGUGGACACAGCUCACCAUUGCUGUUGUCUUAUUCUUGAUUGCGCACGCGGCUAAGGUCGUGUCUGUGCCCAUGCACGUCUCCAAGGAGCUCAUCCAGGGCCUGGGACCGCUGAUGAUCCUGAACCUCAUCGGCCUCACUUCGAACAACUUCACGCUCAAAUACGUCGACGCGUCCUUCUACCAAGUCGUCCGCGGUCUGGUCCUCCCUCUGACCGUCUUCACGUCGUACCUCCUCUUGGCCGCGCGUCCGUCACUGCACAUCCUCUACGCUUGCGCGGUCGUCACAGCCGGCUUCUUUGUUGGCAUCUUCCUUGAUGGCACCUACAUCUCGCCGCUCGGCAUCUUCUUUGGUCUACUGUCCUCGCUGAUGACAGCGCUCCACGCCGUGGUCAUGAAGCGCUCGCUCGGCGUCGUAAACAACAACGCACUCCACCUUUCGUGGUACUCGAACCUCAUCACCGCCGUCAUGCUCAUCCCGUGCAUCCUCCUUGCCGGCGAGGGCCCCGCCAUCUGGGAUCUGUUCGUCGGCGCAGGUGUCGGUCUCGGUACAUUCGCGUGGGGCAGCGCCAUCACCGGCAGCAUCGGUUUCGCCAUGAGCAUCGCCAGUGUACUCAGCAUCAAGGUCACUUCGCCGAUUACACACAUGAUCUCGUCCGCUAUCCGCGGCGUAGCCGCUUCCCUACUCGGGAUGUGGAUUUUCGGCGACAUCUUAUCUGCAGGACGUAUCUGGGCCAUCGCCAUCAUCCUUGCUGGCUCGAUCUACUACACUUGGAUCAAGCACGUUGAGUCGCAAUCUCAGCACAAGAGCGACUACGAGCGCGUACCGCUCGACAAUGUCGAGGAGGGCAACGCGACCUCGCCCAUGUCCCCGAAGGACAGCGAGGGCGUAUCGCGGAGGAGCGUGGCGGAACUGAAGUAG